AUGGUGUCGCCAAAGGUGGCCGACGCCCUGGCGCAGGUGACGGACCAGGCCGACCCGGCGGCCGCGUACAAGCUGAUCCUCUCCAACACCAAGACGCUGUCGACGCCUCCGACGGUGGAGGACGACCUGCGGGCGAUUGCGGACGCGGCGCUGGGGGCGGGGCUCGGGGUGGUGGCGUCGCGGGCGGUGCUGGGGGAGCUGGUCGAGACGCUCAAGGGGCUCGGCAACCACGACGUGAGCACGGCGGUAGGACGGCACGUGCUGGCCGCGGUGUCGGCGAGCGCGUCGCUGGCGUCGUCGCUGCUGGAGCAGGCGGCGGCGCUGGGCGAGGUGGUCGCCGCGGCGCACGAGGCCAGCGACGAGUUCCUCGAGGCGGCGCAGGUGCUGGCGGCCAUCUCGCUGGACUCGUCGCAGCGGCGCGUGGGCGACGCCGAGAAGGCCGGCAUCUGGAUUCGCAUCGUGCGCAACUACCUCGAGGUCGACGAUAGCACGGCGGCCGAGGCGUUCCUCAACAAGCUUAAGAACGUCAUGCACGACGUCGACGACCCGGAGCUCACCCUGCACUUCAAGCUCAGCGCGGCGCGCAUCCAGGACUCGAACCGCCAGUUCCUGGCCGCCGCCCAGAGCUACCACGACAUCAGCACGUCGGCCGCCAUCGCCGAGGAGGAGCGCCUGCACACGCUCAGCAUGGCCAUCAAGUGCGCCGUGCUGGCUCCCGCCGGCCCGCCGCGCAGCCGCGUACUGGGCCGUCUGUACAAGGACGAGCGCGCCGCGGCGCUCGGCGAGUACGGCAUCCUGGAGAAGAUGUUCCUGGACCGGCUGCUGGCGCCGGCCGAGGUGGACAAGUUCGCGCAGGGGCUGGCGCCGCACCAGCUGGCCACGACGGCCGACGGGCUGACGGUGCUGGCCAAGGCCGUGGUCGAGCACAACCUGCUAGGCGCGAGCCGGCUGUUCAGCAACAUCGACUUUGAUGCGCUGGGUCUGUUGUUGGGCCUCGACGGCGACAAGGCCGAGGACACGACGGCCAAGAUGAUCGAGCAGGGCCGGCUGACGGGGUCCAUCGACCAGAUCGACCGCAUCAUCUACUUUGAGAGCGGCGAGGCGUCGGGGGAGAAGGGCAGCGGCCGCGCCGACGUGCUGGUCGGCAAGGAGAUGCGCCGCUGGGACGCCAACGCGCAGGCCAUCGCCGAGGACGUCGAGCGGCUCGCCGAUGCCCUGCAGACCGAGUUCCCAGAUUUCGUUGCUGCAGAGGUUGCAUACUAG